AUGACAAGCGAACAGGAGUACACUCUUGAGCAGGUCAAGACGACCAGGAUCGCGUCGGAUGAUAUCGACAAGACCUUUCGCUCUAGCAGUAUCGAUCUCAUCUCUGCGGCCCUCGGCGGAAAGAUCCUGGCUUUCUCAGACGAAUGGUUUGCGGAGGCUACCAACCUAUUGACGCCCACUCCUCCCAUCAGGCAGCCUGGCAAGAUGGUUUACACUGGCGCUUGGUACGAUGGCUGGGAGACCAGACGGCACAACACAGAGCCGUUUGACUGGGUUAUUGUCCGUCUCGGCGUUGCUUCUGGAACCGUUGAAGGUGUUGAAGUUGACACUGCUUUCUUCUCUGGCAACCAUGCUCCCUCAAUCUCGGUAGAGGGCUGUUUCAAUCUCAACGACGAGGAGGUCGUCUCAUGGAAGGGCGGCAGAGGACAGUGGGAGACGAUUCUCGGCAACGAGGAAUGCGGCCCCUCUCAGCGCUUCGGUUGGAGGUUGGCCGAGCCCAAGCAGAAACAGUACACUCACGUACGCCUGAACAUGUACCCCGACGGUGGUAUCGCUAGAUUCCGCCUCUUCGGCCACGCUGUGCCUGUCUUUCCCGAGGAUAAGGAGGCCAUCUUCGACCUGGCGGCGGCGCAGAAUGGCGGUGUUGCCAUCUCGUGCAGCGACCAGCACUUUGGCACCAAGGAUAACCUCCUGCUGCCGGGCCGCGGCAAAGAUAUGGGUGACGGAUGGGAGACGGCUAGAUCACGCACCAAAGGUCAUGUAGACUGGACGAUUGUUCGCCUUGGCGCACCAGGAUACAUUCAGAACAUCAUCGUGGAUACGGCGCACUUCCGUGGUAAUUUCCCACAGAAGGUCAAGAUCGAUGCUCUUGAAUGGAAGGAGAGCGGCGAGCCCGGAGCGGACGCCGCCGGAUGGACUGAGAUUGUGGCCCCGAGCAAGUGCGGGCCGGACCAGGAGCAUGACUUCCAGAGCGGCAUCAAGGACAAGGUGGCGUCUCACGUGAAGAUCACCAUCAUCCCGGAUGGAGGAGUUAAGAGACUGCGUGUCUUUGGCAAGAGAGCAUGA